AGGAAGUGAACUGGUGCUGGCUGCACUGGCCGCGCAAUUGAGCUUGGCUUGAAAGGACUGAUCAACUAGGCACAACAAGAGUUAUUCUGAAGGAACUGUCUGGGGACCGGUUGUCGAUGAGGGAAUAAAUCAGUACUCUUUAGAAUAGGCCGACUGUUUCCAAAAUACUGAGUGACAAGAAUAAAUAAAAUACGGAAAAUGUUUGAGAAUUUCAGAGAAAGAUUGCAUACGGUGCAGCAAGACUUUUCAACUGGGAUAAAGACUCUGAGCAUCAAACCAAAGGAACCCAAAGUCAAAAAGAGGAGAGAUGACAGUCGUCCACAGUUCUCAGCAGGUGGGGAGAUUCUCAACCGGUAUGAAGACAUGUGGGUGGCUCUCCACAAAGGAGUGAGCGAGUGCGCGAAAGCCGGAGAGGCGGUGGAUGGAGAUGUGGUGGUGCUCUUGGCGCACUGGGAGACGCGGAGGGCGGUGCUGACGGGCCUCCAGGAUCAGCUCAGAGAGGUCCCCAGCUUCCUCAGCGACCUGGGCUCCAUCACCUCCCGCAUUGCGCACAUGGAGGCGGACUGCGAGGAGAUGGAGAGUCUCUUGAUGCACCUGGAGAACCUGUGUGGUCAGUGUGAGCUACAGCGUGCCAAAAACUACCAGGACGUUCAGCUGGAGAACUACAAGAAGAAGAAGAGGAAGGAUCUAGAAUACCUCAAAGUGGAGCUGGAUUCUGAGCAUGCUCAGAAGGUUCUGGAGAUGGAGCACGCCCAGCAGGUGAAACUGAAGGAGAGACAGAAGUUCUUUGAGGAAGCUUUCCAGCAGGACAUGGAGCAGUAUCUGUCCACAGGAUACCUGCAAAUCGCAGAGAGGAGAGAGCCAAUAGGAAGCAUGUCUUCAAUGGAGGUGAACGUGGACAUGCUGGAGCAGAUGGACCUCAUGGAUAUGUCGGACCACGAGGCCCUGGAUGUCUUCCUCAACUCCGGGGGAGAUGAUAACAGCGUAGCCUCACCGAUGCUGGGGCCGGAUUCGGAGUCGUUCCCCGCAGAGAUCACGCUGAGGGUGCCCACGCAGGCGGAGCUCAGGCAGAAGCUCUCCUCCCUCUCCCCCGCCGGCCCGGAGACGCAGGGAGGCGAGGAGGCCGGGGGGUCCCCGCUCGUCCAGCGAGACGAGGAGGAAGUCCACCCCGAAACAGAUCUACCCGAGGGCGGCCCGCCCAAAGAUUCGGACGACAGCGACUCUCCAGCCUCGUAGAGAGAGGCGCCACGUGGAAGGGACCGGACCCUCUGUUUAAAAACUACGACACAAGCGUGCCGUGCAACCAGUUUUCAAUCGUUUGUGUUGCCUGCUUAUUAUUUUUGUAAAGAAACUCGGUCUAGUAACGCCUGACAGUGCUGUGUGGUAAUGCGAUCUCCAUCCCCCCCGAACACUAGCCCAUGAUCAACUCAUAUUUAAUGAGCAGAAAUCAGAAAACAUAGCUUACAUGGUCUUCAAUGGUUUUUUUUCACUGCAUAAAAUAGCCAAAUUUUGGGUUUCUUAAAUUUUUUGAACUGCAGAAAAUGUCACUUGGUGGUUUACUCUUGGCUGGACAUCAAUAGCUUAUUGCGGAGGUGCUUUUACAACAUUGCAACAUUUCUGUGCCCUGUUCCUUUACUUAAUUUGACACGAAAGAGCAGGAGAGCAGAGAGCUUUAAUAAACCCCAACAACUGACAGCAUAUAACACACAUUCAGAAUUGUGUAGCUUUGUUCUCACCCCUAUGAUGAUAGAGACCGUGAAAACUGUAUCAGUUUGGAAAUACAGGUUGUCUGACAGAUGCUUAAUGUGUUGUUGAGAGCUAUGCAAAUCCUCUACAGAGAAAAUAUGAAUGCAAUGUUAAAAUUUUGUGAAUAUGUUAUUGGGACAAACUGUAUGGGGACUCCCAAGAGCCUCGUUUAAUGCAGGUGCUUGCAGGGCUGAAGGGGAGGUCACACUAGCAGGAAAUUGCUGCGAGAAAGGAUAUGACAUCAUGUAGUUUGCGAGAUUGGGGACCAUCAUUUUAAGUGGUUGGGUAGCAGAACAGAAAUCUGCUACUAGCUAAAUAAACCUGAGAAGCUGAAAUUAUUUUCGAGCAAUUUCUACAGAGUUACCUGACGAUUCCAGCAAAUAGUUUUUCAUACCUUGCAUUCACGUAUCACAACUGAAUGGUAUAGUAGCUAGGUAUCAUUCAGCCAUGGUAAACAUGCUAGUUAGCUAGCUAGCAACAAACUACUAUCAGCUAGUAUCAUCAGCUAACUUUGACACAUCUACAGAAAUGUAAUGUCCUGUUUUGCAACUGACUGCAAACCAAGCUUCUUUUUACAUUUUGUGAUUUGGGUUUGGAUUUUCGGAGUAUGUGGGCAUGAGCAGGAUAAAGUCAUCCAGAUAUGUGAAAAUACUUGAAACAUACAUCAUGGUACACUUCGCAGGGGGAGUGGAUGAGGGCGCAGUUGAAGCCAUUUUGUUCGUCUACUUCAGAAAUUGGACAGUGGAGGGAGCAAGUCCACAAAGAUCUGGGUCACAGAGUGGCAGAGGGUGGUAGUGGAGCAGAGGAGUGGGAUGUACCCAUAAUAUGCAUCUGGCAUUUGCUCACCCUUCGCACAGUUUUGAAUAGAAGUGAAUGGAGUAUGAAUGGAGUCAAAUAAAAUAUUUGCAGAUUUUUCUGCCGGUGUGACCGCCCCUUAAGUCAAAAGGUUGAACCAUUGGCCGACUGACCAGGAGACUGCAGCUCAUCCCACUAUGGCAGUGGCCCUCACUCCUGGUCCUGGAGAGCCACAGGAUGUGCUGACUUUUGUUGUUACUCACCACUUAAUUAAAGCAGUCAAUUAUUUAACUCAAUUCACCCAAUUUAUUGGGUCUGAAUUGGUUGCUGAUAUUAAAGUGAAAACAAAAAAACUAGCACACCCUGCAGCCUCCCAGGACCAGGAGUGAGGACCACUGCACUAGGGGUAAGAUGGACUUGAGUCAACCAGUGUUCCUUGGCUUUCUGCUGCAAUAGGUCCUCCAAAUGGUGCACCGGGCACCCACAGGCCAACAGCCGUCAUCUCCUCCAACCAGGGCUAGCCUCUCUGUAGUAUUUGUCAGCCUGUCCCAUUACCCACACUGGUUUUAUCUGCUUAAGUGCAGGUUCAUAUGGCAUGAGUCCAAAAGUCUUCCCAAAUGGAGACUUGCCAAAAUGAGGGGGGAAGAACACGUUCCAAUGCAAGCUAGGCAUCGUAAAAUUGUAGCGCAUAUUAGCCCAUUUAUUAUGUCCAUAUGUCCAGUAUGAAUUAGAAUGGCUUUGAACGUAAAGGUUAGCAAUAGCCACCUAUUGGCAUCACUUGUUAGCAGCAUCCAGCACAAUUUCAUGGUGAUUGAAUUCCAUUUGUGACAUUUGUUGCCUUCACAAUUGGGAACAACAUGAGUCAAUAAGGGUAUCCCAAUGUGCAGUGAAAAUCCUCAGCAAGCAUAAGUAGCCCCUAUGCCAGGAACAAAAACCACAACUGUGCGUAAUGGGACAGGUGCUGGCAUGGAGGAGUGCACAAGUCAAGCUGCCAUACUCCCCGCAUAACCUUACACAGCAAUGACUCCGGAGGUACUACUGAUGAUUACAAAUUGGGCAGGGGGGGGAAAUAGGAGAUUGUAUUAGAUCAAUGAAAACAAUAUUGUUACUGAUUUUGUUAGAUGCUACCAAAAGUGUGGUUCUCCAAUCUUUUUAAUGUCCCCCACAAUUUCUAAUUUGAAAUUGACAGAGAAAGAGAAGUCAUUGCUCAGAUACAGUAAAACAGGACAAACCGUAGUAACCAUCAAAUAAAUCAUUUCAGGAAUGGAAACAGUAUUUGUGGAGCAAGAGAGUAAAAACAUAACAAACCUUUUACCCCAAAAGGAAAAAAGAACACAGAGAAAUGUCUGUAAGUUUUUAUUAAACCUUAAAAAUACAAACUCGAAAAGUAAAAAACAAAAAAACAAAAAAAAUAAAACCUGGCAAAUGCCAGUAUGGACCUUUCUACAUGGCAAGAAAGGCCAGAGGGUCAAAGCCAAUAAAUAAAAGGUCAGACUGUAAGCAAUAGUUUUACUGUAGAAAAAGGAAAACAACUCAGAAUACACCGUAAGGUCAUAAAAACUCGACAACCACGUUUUGUUUUUUGUGUAUUUUUUCAGGUUUUUUUGAAAACACUCAACUCCGGUUUUCAUUAAAUACUCCUAAAACAGUUCAGUCUUCUGUAAAGGACAACAACCAACAAACUGGAUUAUAGGUGGUCUUGACAGUCACCUCCAACAAGCUCAGUGCAACAUGAGUAGCUACUACGUUGUUGAAUUUUCAGUAAUGAAAAUGUAAAAACCUUUUUUCGUGAAUGAAUUUUUCCCUUUUAUUUAAAAAAGUAAAGCUAAAAAAACUAAGGGGC